UAUUGGAGUCUUUCAUGUUGCUAACCCAAUGCCUACUCAUUUCGACAGCGGAGAAUCUGAGGAAGUUGUUAUCAGUAAGGCAAUUGAUGGAACAUUAGGAAUCUUAAGAGUGUGUUUGAACUCAAAGACAGUGAAGCGAGUAGUAUAUACUUCUAGUGCAUCUGCAGUUGAUUUUAAUAACAAGACUGCACAAGUAAUGGAUGAAAGUUUUUGGAGUGAUGUUGAUUACAUUAAAGCCUUGAAUUCCUUUGCAAGUUCUUACUGUAGUUCUGCCUUUGGUUGUUGGACCCUUCAUUUGUCCUUAUAUACCCAGCUCCGUCUACUUGGCUCUCGCUGUGAUCUUUGUUUGUUUUAUUGUAUAGGGAAUCUAGAGUAUGAGGAUUUUAAUAAUUUCUACUUGGUGCACAUCGAUGAUGCGGCCAGUGCUCAUAUAUUUCUUCUUGAAGAUCCUAAUGCAAAAGGGAGGUACAUUUGUUCCUAUCUUCAAAUGACCACUCCUGCACUGGUCCAAUUUCUUUCUGCAAAACUGCAGGAAUUUCAACUGCCGGCCAUGAAUCAAUUGAAGGAGAUUGAAGAGUCUAGACUAUGUAAUCUCUCAUCAAUGAAACUCAUGGACUUGGGGUUCAAGUUUGGGUUUGGUAUUGAAGAUAUGUUUGGUGGAGCUAUUCAGUGCUGCAGAGACAAGGGCCUGCUUAAUCAAAUAGUGUAUAAAAAACCAGAAGUAAGCCCUGAAAAAGAAUGGGCAGACAUGAGCUAAUAAAACAUCAGCAGCGGAGCUUGUACAUUCUGAAAAAAUUGAUCGAUGUGUUAUAAACUAAACAACUUCUAUAUAUAUAUAUUUCCUUCAA